GGUUGUCUGGACAAUGAAGUCAGUGUUAAGCUGCAGUUCAGUCAUGUCUGGAGUGUGGAGCGUGCUGCUGCUGUGGAGCUGUGUCUCUCACUUUGGUCCCAUUUCAUCCAAUGGAGCUCUGAUUAUCUCCCGGGAUUCCAUCACCGCACAGGACUCUGAUGGUGGUACAAGGCUGCUCAAGAAAAGGAGUACCAGCAAUGAGGGGGUGGAGGUGUAUAGUGUGAAGGUGGACUGUAAGGUGACCUCUCGCUUCGCCCACACAGUCAUGACCACCAGUGCCAUGAACAAGGCCAACUCUUCACAGGAAAUCUUUUUUGAAGUGGACCUGCCCAAGACCGCCUUCAUCACUAACUUCAGCAUGGAGAUUGAAAGUCAGACCUAUGUGGGUGAGGUGAAAGAGAAGGAAAAGGCCAAGAAGCAGUAUGAGAAAGCUAUUUCAUCAGGGCAGACUGCAGGCCUGGUCAAGGCAUCAGGAAGAAAGAUGGAGAAGUUCUCUGUAUCUGUGAACAUUGCACCCAACAGUAAUGUCACAUUCACUCUGACUUAUGAGGAGAUGCUUCAACGUCGUCAUGGCCAGUAUGAGAUCUUAACCCGGGUCAAACCAAAACAACUGGUCCACAACUUUGAGAUUGUAGCAGACAUCUAUGAACCCCAGGGCAUUGCCUUCCUGGACGCCUACGGGACCUUCAUCACUAAUGAACUGCUCCCCCUGGUAGAGAAGACUGUUACUGACACUAAGGCGCGUGUGUCCUUCUGUCCAACAAUGGAGCAACAGAGGACAUGUCCAAACUGUGACAGCACGAUGAUGGAUGGAGAUUUCAUCAUCAAAUAUGAUGUAAAUCGAGCUAAAAGUCUGGGAGACAUUCAGAUAGUGAAUGGGUACUUUGUUCACUUCUUCGCUCCAAUGGAUUUACCCAGAGUGGCAAAAAAUGUGGUGUUUGUGAUCGAUAGGAGUGGGUCCAUGCAUGGACCCAAAAUGACACAGACAAUAGUUGCACUGCAGACUAUCCUCAGUGACCUACAUGAGGAGGACUUCUUUGGCCUGGUCAUGUUUGACGACAAAAUCAGUACAUGGAGGGAUUCUUUAAGUAAGGCCACAAAGCAGAACGUGACGGACGCAAAGUUGUUUGUUGCAAACAUACGUGAAUAUGGAUUGACUAACAUAAACGAUGCAGUGCUGAGGGCAGUGGACAUGUUGGUCAAAGACAAGCAGAAUAACUUGUUCCCAGAUAGGAGUGUGUCCAUGAUAAUCUUACUGACUGAUGGAAUGCCCAACAUAGGAGUUCGGAAUAUCCCACAGAUCCAAGAAAAUGUAAAGAACGCUAUCGCUGGGAAUAUGUCUCUCUUCUGUCUGGGUUUUGGGAACGACGUGGACUACUCCUUCCUGGACGUGAUGGCCAGGCAGAAUGAAGGAGUUGCCCGGAGGAUCUACGAAGCCUCGGAUGCCACUGUCCAGCUCCAGGGUUUCUAUGAUGAAGUGGCUAGUCCCCUACUCUCAGCAGUGGACAUGCGGUACCCUGAUAACAUUGUCAACUCCCUGACCACAAACCACUUCCCCCAACUGUUCAAUGGGACUGAGAUUGUCGUGGCGGGCCGACUGAAUGACAAUGACAUCGAUAAUUUCCUGGUGGAAGUAUUUGCACAAGGGAGUGAGAACGACUUCCAGGUCCAGGGUCAGGCCAGUGCCCAAGAGUGGGACGUCCUCUACCCAGAGCAGGAGUACAUCUUCGGGGACUUCACAGAGCGCAUGUGGGCCUAUCUUACCAUCCAACAGCUGCUGGAGAAGAGAGGAAGUGGCACUGAAGAAGAGAAAAGCAACGCCACAGCCCAGGCCCUGGAGCUGUCUCUCCAGUAUAGCUUUGUCACUCCCCUCACCUCCAUGGUGGUCACCAAGCCUGAGACAGAGGAGGGACCAGUAGGCCCCUCCAUUGCAGACAAGCUGACUGAGGAGGAAAGACAAAGAAUAGAGAAACGAGGUUAUCUUGCACCCAGCUUGGUGAGUUAUAACUCUCGCCCAUCAUUAUCAUCACCAACAUACUUUGUGGAUGGAGACCCCCACUUCAUGAUUGAGCUGCCAGAGAGGGAGGAUGCGCUGUGCUUUAACAUCGAUGACACACCAGGGACCAUCUUGAAUCUGGUGAGGGACCCACAGUCAGGUCUUCUUGUUAACGGGCAAACAAUUGGAGAUAAGAAGGUGGCUCCAGAUGGCAAAGUCAACACCUAUUUUGGGCGUUUUGGCAUAGUCCACCCAGGACUAGGCCUGAGACUGGAGGUGACCACUCAGGACAUCACUGUGUUUCAAGAUGUCAAGCAGGCCAAGCUGCUGUGGUCCGACACCGCCACUGUCAAAGGACCCACUGUGGACUUGCAGGUGACAAAAGACCGCAGUCUGAUAGUCACCAUUAGAGAUUCAGUGAAGUUUGUGGUCCUCCUUCACAAGGUGUGGAAGGGGCACCCCUAUCACCAGGACUACCUGGGCUUCUACACCCUGGAAGAACACCUUCUCUCUUCCAGGGUCCAUGGCCUGCUAGGCCAGUUUUAUCAUGGGGUACAGUUUGAGGUGAGGGACCUGCGCCCAGGAGAAGUCCCAGAGAAACCAGAUGCAACCAUGUUGGUGAAGGGAAAGGAGCUCAAUGUGACAAGGGGGUGGCAGCGGGACUUCAGGAGAGAUCUAAAGAAGGGUGAGAAAGUUCCCUGCUGGUUCAUCCACAACAACGGAACUGGCCUCAUAGAUGGAGAUAUCUCAGACUACGUUGUGUCAGGGGUCUUCAAGGCAAUUUGAGAUUAACCAGCUCACUCUCAGUCCCAGAGGAAUUACAUUUACAUUUAGUCAUUUAGCAGACG